CACUCCCCUCCCAGAGCUGGGGAGAGAACCCAGGAGUCCUGGCUCCCAGCCCCCCCUGCUCUAACCCACCAGCCCCCACUCCCCUCCCAGAGCUGAGGAGAGAACCCAGGAGCCCUGGUUCCGAGUCCCGUAACCUCCCUUUACCCAUCCUAGGUGCUUCCAGCAGACUCUCUGCCGCUGUCUCUCUGCUGGUGUCUGGGCCCCGCGGGUACGACCCCCGCCCCCCUUGCCGUGGCGUCAUGGCCUCGGACGCCCCAUCCCUCUCGGACGUGAUCGCCACCGAUUUCCUGACCUGCCCCAUCUGUCUGGAGCGGCUGCGCCGGCCCAAGAUCCUGCCCUGCCUGCACACCUACUGCCAGGGCUGCCUGGAGGGGCUGCUGGGCGACGGGCCGGGGCUGCGGUGCCCCGAGUGCCGGGAGGACGUGUCCCUGCCGCAGGGAGUGACCGGCCUCAAGACCAACUUCUUUGUCAAUGGGCUGCUGGAGCUGGUGCGGCCGGUGGGUGAGGCGGGGCUGACCUGCGCCCUGUGCCCGCUGAUCGGGCAGGGGGACGGCCGCCCGGCCGUCUCCCACUGCCUGGACUGUGCCGACAGCCUGUGCCAGGCCUGCGCCGCUGGGCACCGCUGCUCCCGGCUCACCCACGCCCACCGGCUGGUGAGCCUGCAGGGCUACCUCUCCGGGGAGCACGACGAGGAGAUCCGGCAGCGCCAGGCCGUGCGGUGCCCCGAGCACCCCGCCGAGGAGCUGCGCUUCCUCUGCCGGCCCUGCGCCGGCCCCAUCUGCCGAGAGUGCCGGCUGGGCCCGCACCUGGAGCACCCCUGCGAGACGCUGGAGGAGGCGGCCGAGGCCCGGCGGCCCCUGGUGGCCGAGCUGCUGGCCGGCGUGGAGGAGAUGGCGGGGCGGGUGGCCCAGGGGCGGGCGGCGCUGGAGGAGGAGCUGGAGCAGCUGCGGCGGCACGAAGCCGGCCUGCGGGACGUGGUGAAGUGCGCCUGCGCUGACGCGGCCCAGCGCCUGCUGGCCCAGCAGGAGGAGGUGCUGGCCGCCCUGCGGCGCCACAUGGAAGGGCGCGAGAAGGCGGCCGGCCUGCUCCGGACCGAGCUGGAGCUGCAGGAGCAGCUGGCCCACGGCACGGCCGACGUUGCCCGCAAGGUGCUGGCCCUGGGCCGGCCAGUGGAGAUCGUCUCACUGGAGGUCUUGAUCACCCAGCGGCUCGGCCGGCUCCGGGGCUUCCGCUGGGAGCCGCUCGGAGGGCCACGCCCCCGGCUGGUCGUCCGCGCCGAUCUCCAGAACCUGAACAGCCUCUUCCAGCUGGACCUGGGCGAGGCUGAGCCGGAGGGCCGAGGGCAGGACAUGGCCCAGCAUGACGCCCCUUCCCUGGAGCCGCCGGCCCCUUCCUCGGAGCCACCGGCCUCUGCCCUGGAGCUGCUGGCCCCUUCCCCGGAGCCGCCAGCCUCUGCCCUGGAGCCGCCGGCCGCUGCCCCGGAGCCGCCAGCCUCUGCCCCGGAGCUGCCGGCCCCUGCCCCAGAUCCACCGUCGUGCCGGCCGCCCCCCACCGCCCGCUUCUCCUGCAGCUUCUCGGUGCGGGUCCCCGGGGACAAGCAUCGGCCCCGGAUCACGGGGCUUUGCUCCCUGGGCCCCAGGGAGCUGCUCCUGGCCGACGAGGAGAACCGCAGCCUCAAGCGCUUCUCACUACAGGGGGACUUCCGGGGCGCCGUCCCAGUGCAUGGCGGCGUGGCCCCCUGCAGUGUGGCGGCUGUGGGCAGCCGGGUGGCCUACACCACUGGGUCCCGGCUCUACCUGGCGGAGCGGGACGGCACCCUGGUCUGGCAGAAGGCCCUGCGCCCCACCCAGGCCAGCCAUGCCGUCACACCGGCGGCUGAGGGGGGCGACGCCGUAGCGGUGAGCGUCGCAGGGCACCUGGAGGUCUACGACGCCCGGGGGGAGCUGGUGGAGAAGAUUUUCCCGGACGGGCACGACCGUCUAGCCAUGGUGUUCGUGGCCGGGCGGCACGGGCGCUACGUGGCCUCGGACUGGCACCGGCGCAGCGUGGUGGCGUUUGACGGGCAUGGGCAGCUGCUGGCGGAGCUGGGCGAGGAGCGCCUGGAGCGGUGCCAGCCAGGGGCAGUCUGCGCCGACGACAGGGGCCAUUUCUACGUGGCCUUGCGGGAGCUGAACAAGGUGAUGGUGUUCGGGCCAGGCGGGGAGGCGCUGGGGCCCUUCCUCACCACCCGGCACGGCAUCGAGAGAGCCCGGGUGGCCACCGUCACCGGGGACGGGCACUUCACUGUGGCACUGAGCGAUGGCACCGUCCACAUCUUCCGCAUCCAGUACCCGGGUCAGUGAGCGGGGGGGAGCACGGGGACGGGGGAGCUCAGAAGAGUGUGUGUGUGGAUGUGUGCAUUAGUUUGUGUUGGUGCAUGCAUUUGUGUGUGUGUGUGUGUGUGUGUGUGUCAGUGUGUGCAUUUGUGUGUGUAUCAGUGCAUGUGUUUCUGUGUGUUUGUGUGCUAGUGCAUGCAUUAGUGUGUGUGUUUGUGUGUGUCAUUGUGUGCAUUAGUGUGUGUGUCAGUGUGUGCAUUAGUGUGUGUUAGUGCGUGCAUUCGUGUGUUUGUGUGUGUGUGUCAAUGCAUCCAUUAGUGUGUGUGUGUCUCAGUGAGUGCAUUUGUGUGUAUCAGUGCAUGUGUUUGUGUGUGUUUGUGUGUUAGUUCAUGCAUUAGUGUGUGUAUUUGUGUGUGUCAUUGCGAGCAUUAGUGUUUGUGUCAGUAUGUGCAUUAGUGUGUUUGUGUGUGUUAGUGUGUGUGUUAGUGCAUGCAUUAGUGUGUGUGUGGUUGUGCAUGCAUUCAUGUUUUUGUGUGUACAUGCAUUAGUGUGUGUUUGUGUGUGUUAGUGCAUGCAUUCGUGUGUGUGUGUGUUUGUAUGCAUUAGUGUGUGUGUGACAGUGUGUGUGUUUGUAUGCAUUAGUGUGUGUGUGUCAGUGUGUGUUUGUGUGUGCAUUAGUGUGUGUAUUAGUGCGUGCAUUAGUGUGUAUGUUUGUGUGUGUCAGUGCAUUAGUGUGUCUGUGUGAUCUGUGAGUGGGAGUAUUUGAGGAGUGUCUGUGUGUCUGCAAUGAGUGUGUUAGUUUCAGUGUGAGCACACAUGUGUGAAUGUGCACUGAGCGUGCACCCGUCUGUGCCGUGCUUGAGGCUGAGUGUGCGAGGGAUUGCCCUGUUGUGCGCAUGCCAGGCUGGUUUGUGGCUCCGGGACGGCACAGUGCCCCCUCCUGGCUCAGCCUGGCAUUUUUCUGGGCAGGGUCCCAGGAAAGGAGGUGGGGGGGCAGACCCCCAUCCUUGCCCCCUCAGCCCAGCCCACUUUCUCCCCACCCCCCGGGUCCCCGUGCCAUAGACCGUGCCCUGACCCCCGCCCCAUGUCAUCCAGGGCAGAUCCCCCCACCGAGGUUCCUGCCUCGGGGGCUAUCAGGGAAGACCCCCAAACCCCGGGCAACCCCCCCCCCGCGAGGGCUGGGGUCCUGGCACCCGCCCCCUGGUGCCCUGAAGCGGUGGCGUCUAGUGGGGCUGGGUGUGAGGGGCUUGGCCGGGGCAGGGGGAGUUGCCCCGCUGCGGCUGGGUCUCGGAGGGGGGCACCGAUGGCGGGCAGGGGGGCUGUCUGUCUGUCCCACC